CGCGCAAUAUAAGGGGGACAACUCUGUAAAAUGAACGUCACUCGGCAAAAUUUCAAAGAGAGUUUAGGGCAGAUAGAAUCUGCUAUCAAAGAAAGCAGUUUCCUAGCCAUUGAUGGGGAGUUCACCGGUCUCAACCAUGCUGGUGUGUCGCCAUCUGGAGUGUUUGAUACACCUGAAGAGAGAUAUCACAAACUUGUGCAAGGUGCUAGUGACUUCCUGAUUAUACAGUUUGGCAUAUGUACUUUCACCUACAACAAGACUACCAAGAAAUAUACAGCUAAGCCGUUCAACUUUUACAUCUUUCCUCGACCCCUGUCAAGAGUUGCACCAGAUCUUCGAUUUUCUUGCCAGAGUUCAAGCCUAGAUUUCCUCAUGUCUCAAGGUUUUGACUUUAACAAGUGGGUGAAAGAUGGGAUCUCCUUCCUGAGACCAGCAGAUGAGGCCAGACUCCGGGAUCAGAUACAGAGGAAGCAUGAGGUUCUUGCCUCGCCAGCAUACACAACCCCGGGUGGGGCCUCACAGCCCGGUGCGGUCAACAAGGGACCCGUCGAGGUGCCACCAGAAAUGCAGGACUUUGUGAAUGAACUAUGUAAGAAGGUAGCGAAGUUUGUUGAGUCAGGAGAACACGACAGCCUGUCCCUGCCCUCUGUGUCCGCCUUCCAGAGGAAACUUACAUACCAGACUCUACAGGCAAAGUUUGGUAGUGAGGUACACCUGCAGAGCAAGACAGGUGAGAACCGGGAACGCUACAUUGUGGUGACGCGGGUACAAGGGGAGGCAGAGAUGAAACAACUCGAGGCAAACAAACAGACACAGGACAUGAUGGAGAUAGAUGAUGCUGUUGGCUUCACUCAUGUGAUAAAAAUGAUCUCGCAGAGUGGUAAACUGGUGGUUGGCCAUAACAUGUUACUGGACAUAGCUCACACCAUCAACCAGUUCAUGUACCCUCUUCCCUCGGAUUACCAGGAUUUUAAGUCCAUGUGUCGAUGUGUAUUUCCUAGACUGAUUGAUACUAAGCUUUUGGCCAAUACUCAACCAUUCAAGGACAGGAUAGACAACUCUGGUCUUAGUGGUUUGCUACAUAUUUCCCAGUUACCUCCCUUUGUGAAACCUGAUGUUGAGGUCAGCGAGGAGAUGGACAACUCCUACAAGGGCUCCGAGUCACUACACGAGGCCGGGUAUGACGCCUACAUCACCGGACAAUGCUUCAUCUCCCUUGCAAACUACCUAGGCAACUGUCAGAAGCCCCCUACAGACCACACCGAGCCAACAUCUCCCCUCCUCGAACCCUUCCUUAACAAAAUAUUCAUGAUGCGAUCUCAAGAUAUUCCAUACAUGGACCUAACAGCCCCUGAUUUGAAUCCAUCCAGAGACCACGUGUUCCAUAUAACCUUCCCAACAGAAUGGAAAACGUCAGACAUCAGUGCCUUGUUCUCAGCCUUUGGUAGUGUCUACAUUGGUUGGCUGGACGACACGUCCGCCUACGUUUCCCUCCAUUUUUCUUCUACGCCAUCCAGCUCAGUCAUGAAGACCCUGUGCAAGAAGGGAUCUGUGUACCGCCUGAUGACGUACAAGGACCACAGAGCUCAACUCAACCAGUACCACUGGACUCCCAGCAAGCCCCACCCUCCCGGACAUGCCCCUAUUCCCCACACUCCACCGAUCUCCACACAUGUCACCCCCAACCAUCACCACAACAACCACUCAGGUCAAGGUCACUACCAUACAGGUCAUGACCUUCAUGAAAGUCAAGGUCAUUCUAAUGAAUUGAAGAAGGGUGCCAAGAGGACGCAUUCCCCGCAAGAUGAUGGUACAAAAUUGGAAGAUGGAGGGAGCAGUGCCAAAAAGUCAAAAGCAUUGAAUGCUGAGGCUCCUGAAUUCCAGUCACGUAUAACACCCAACUCAACCCCGGAAAAGGAGGAAACCCUUAAAUGGCCCGAAAACAUUUCGAGUGGGGAAAAGAAAAUAGAAAAGAACAGCAAGACUGAGGAUAAGAUGUUUGCGGAGCCUACGGACUGGUGAAACAUCAGAAAAAUAUUGGGGCAAAACAUGUUCUAAGGUCAAAUCAUGUAACAGUCCGGCUAGUCUUGGACUGGGCGGGAAUGGUGUUUUCGGUGGGAUACUAGUAUACGGGGAAAAUCCUCUUGUUGGUUGCUAGUGUUCGAGAGAGGAGAGGCCCUGCUUCAUCUGCGUCAUGGAAAUAGCGUCCAUUGUUCUGGCCGUUCUGAUUGUUGUUGGCAAUUGUGUGUCUACAAGCUGUGCUUGUUUACUGAACUAUGAAAUACUGUAAAUAAUAAAAAUGAAUGAAGAAUUUAUAAUUGAAUAGGAGUUGAUAUGAUAUGACAUGUGAAGAAAUGUGUUGAAGUUAAUUGUUAUGCAAUUUAGGAUACGGUUUGUCGAUGAAGACAUGUAUUAUGAUAAUAGAAAAAGGUGUAAUUUUUCUUGUUGAAAUAUGACUAGAUGAACCGCGUCAUACAGAAAUGGUUAUGGUUCAUAUAGUUAGUUUUUGAGUUGUCUUUUUCAAGAAUAAUAUCAAAUAUGUUUUACACAAAUAAAGAAUAAAAUGAGUAAAUUACGUUUAAAGUAGUUACAACAUUAAAACACGUUCUUUUUUUCAAAUGUAAGAAACUAUGAUGUCAUAUUUCUUGCUUAUGUCAUAUUUAUGACAGGACUUAUUUCAGCUUGUCACUGUUCAAAUUGUGAUGAUUAUAAAAACUUGUGAUUGUAUAAACAUGUUCAGUGUAAAAUUAUGUAUAAAUUUCAAUUAUUGUACAGAAUAAAUUUAGUUUUGAAAAAC